AUGAAAACUUCCCCAUUAUUCAACACAGCUCUGUGGAGAUAUUCCAACUCCAAGAAGAAUAACUCGGCGGCUACACUCCAUUUAAUGAAUGAGGCAUCUACCUCUCAGGAAUCCUCAAAUAAACUUAAAAAGAAACAAAAUAUAUUUGAGAACUUACCAUCUUAUGAGGUUACAACUUCUGAGGAAAAGAAAAUUAUAAAGCUAAAAAACUUGAAGUUUGAAGGGACGCUUUUGAGAAAUUACCAUGAAAGUUUAGAAUAUUUAUAUGAUAGCUUAAAUAUUGAGGAAAAUCCUUUUCAAAAUUUUUGUCACAAUAAUAAAGAUGGAUAUUCUAUUGAAUUAGUCGUACCUGAAAUGAAUAAAAAAAUAUAUAUUCCAACCUUACCUGUACAUAAAGAGCAAGAGUUUGGUUAUAAUCAUGAAUUUAAUACGAUUGAUUUAGGUAAGAACUAUGUUGAUCCUGAAAUAUCCAAUUCUUCUCCAAUUUCAAUCAGUGGAAAAGUUAAGAUAUCCUUAGUAAGAGAUUAUCCAAUAAAAAUAAAUUGUAUUAUUGUUAGUCUGAAAUGUUUCAGUAAUGAAUUUGGUCACUAUGUUAAGGAAAAUAGUAAAAACCAGAAGGGUACAGUUCGACUACUAGAUUCAACCACAACUUCAAAUAAAUAUAGUGAACCUUUCCCUGAUUUCUCUUAUCAAUUACAGAAGUGUACUCCAAAGAAGACUAUUCAAAUUUUUUUAUUGAAAAGACCACUCAGUUUAGGAAUUUCAAAGAGUAGCGUUUUUGAGUAUCCUUUCAAUUUUAAUAUCGAUUUUCUUAAUGAUGAAUUUUCAGGUUCAUAUAAAAAUACAUAUGGUACCUGUAAUUACAGAUUAGAAUGCAAAGUUGUUCUAGAAAAUAGUACCUCCAGCUUAAAAAACCAAUAUCAAACAAAAAAUUUCUUCAGUUUAAAUAAAAGAACAUCAUUUUCAAAUUUAAAUUCACAUACUGACCUAGUUCUUCUAUCACAAGAAAUUUGUUUCAAGAAAGUCCUACCAUCAAGUUGCACACUAGAAAAUGAAUCCAUCAGGACAAUGGGCCAAUGGUGUAGAAGAAAACGGCUGGGCGACUUCACAUACAAUUAUAACGACGAUUUUGACCUUCUGAUGGAUAAAAAUGAUUCAGAGCUUGAUGAACAAGACAAGUUUAAAUUUGACUAUGCAUUAAAUAUUGAUAAAAAAAUGGUGCAACUAGGUGAUUGUGAAAAUCCAUGGAAUAUUGAAUUUUUAAUUGAAAAAAAUAUUUUAGUUAAAGAAAAGCUAAAGAUAUCCAACAUGCAAACAGUUUUAUUACAAGAGGUUAGAAUUCCCAGUUUUAUAUAUAAAAAGAAAAAUAAAAAACAACAAAAGCUUCAUUCAAAUGAAUAUAUUUACAAGCAAAAAGAUGAACCCUUUGUUAAACAAAGUGAAUUAUUAUUAGAUCAUACAAGUUUAGAGUAUAUAAUGGACAAACAUGAAGGGAAGAUCAAACAUAUUCUUUGCAAAACUCCGAUUUGUAUUGAAGAUGUUUCAUCAGAGGAAUUUUGGAAUCCAUCCCCUUCUGAUGAAGCUAAAGAUUCAUUUUUAGAAUCAAACACAUCUGCUAGUGAUAUAUUUUCAAAUAACAGCCCCUUCCAAUCUCAAUUAUCAAACCUAUCCAGUCUCAGAUCAAACAGUAUUCACUCUCAAUCAAUGAGGAAAAUGAGACAAUCUUCUUUAAGAUACCCAAAAGAUAAUGAUAAAAUACAAGUCCAAAAGAAUAACAUUUAUCACUCAAAUACCAACGAACUGUUUCACUAUGAUUUUGAAACCAAUACUAGCCAUACCGAUGAUAGUUAUUUAAAAUUUCAUAUUCCAAGACUUCAUUUACCGAAUGGAAAGUACGAUAUACAAAAAACCGAUAAAGAAUUAAGAAGAUUAGAGGAGAUGAUUUAUGGAUAUAGUUUCAAAUAUUGGCUCCAACCUUUUCAAAUUGAAAGAAGUUCCAUCGAUGCACAUCGUUGCAAGUUAAAAACGAUCCAUGUUAUUGGAUUAAAAGUUAAAUUUGAAAGGAUACUUGAACCAGAUGAAAUAGAAAAAAUUAAAGAAUGUGAAAAUAAAAGGAAAUUAUUAUUAAAAAAUUAUCCGGAGCUAAAAGGUAACGUUCAAGAUAAAGCAAAGAUAUUUUACACCAUAUGCUUUAGAGUUCCAAUUUUAGUAGUAGACAAAGAGAUGGUAAGUACAUUAAGAUUACCAAGUUACCAAUCUUAUCAUAGAGAUUCCAUACCAAAUUGA